GCUCUUUUUAAAGCUUACUUUGUGUUUAUAAAUUUGUCAGCAGUUCACUUGGACGAUUACUGUGAAGAGUUUGUGUCAUAUCUGUAGUUUAUUAAAAUAUAAAUAAAUAUUACAAAUAAUAGAAAAUUGUGCAAUGGAUUCCGAUACAAAUGAAUGUUUAACGCCUAAGAACAAUAUUUUGGCUAUUGGAGAUCAAUUCCCAAGAAACCCACAUAAGAAAAGAGAUAGAGCAAAACGUGAUUUCAAUGCGGAGUUCACAAAAAGAUUAUCGCAACUUGUCAUGGGUGAUCCGAAUGUGAUUGCUGAGGAUAAGUUCGUUAUGGAUGAAAUAUAUUUGAAUAUUGUCAAAGUCGACGAUCUGACCCAGCAUUAUGUGUUUAGCAUUAAUAAAAACACGACCGAUAAGUGGAUGUCUCAUGUUCAGCUAAUUGAUGUCAAGUACGUUUUUCGUGCUAUAAAAAAGAAACUAAGCAACGAGAAAUGGAUUUCAGAAUAUGUGAUGGAAAAAACCUUUGACAACAAAGACACUAAGCGUUUUAAGGUCGACGAUAUGGUUUACCAAGCAAAGAGUGACAGUAUUAAGGAACAAAGAAGGCAAAUAUUUAACUAUGUUUGCUUUCUGCAACAGGAAUUUCGGAAGCAGAGGAAGCUAUUACCUGCCACACAGCUGAUUAAAAUGGUAUUGAUGACUAAUUUUGUGAUUGGACAAGCUUACAUUCUUCCCAUAGCGAAAUACGAAUACGUGAAUUUCAUCAACCAAAAGCUUAAAAGCUUUGUGUUUGCUUAUAAAUUUGUCAGCAGUUCACUUGGACUUGCACUGUGAAGAGUUCGUGUCAUAUUUGUGGUUUAUUGAAAUAUAAUUUAAUUUUACAAUAAAAUGGAAAAUUCUGCAAUGGAUGCAAGUGAACGUUUAACAUCUAAAAGCAAUAUUUUGGCUAUUGGCGAUCAUUUCCCAAAAAACACCAAUAAGAAAAGAGAAAUAACAAAAUGUGAAUUCAAAUCGGAGUUCCCAAAAAGAUUAUCUCAACUUGUCAUGGGCGAUACGUAUGUGAUCGCUGAGAAGAAGUUCGCUAUGGAAGAUCUUCUGAUGCAUAUUAUUAAAGUAGACGAUCUGACCAAGCAUUAUGUGUUCAGCAUUAAUAAGACAGACGAUGCCUGCAUUUCAUAUGGCCGUACAAUUGAUGCCAAGUCCGUUCUUCGUGCUACAAAGAAGAAACUCAGCAAUGAGAAAUGGAUUUCAGAGAAUGUGAUGGAAAAAACCUGUCAAAAGAAAGAUGCUACGCACUUUAAGGUCGACAAUACUGUUUACCAAGCAAUGAGCGACAGUCUUAACGAACAAGCCCAUCAAAUAAUUAACUAUGUUUGCUUUUUGCAGCAAGAAUUUCUGAAGCAGAGGAAGCCUUAAAUUGACUAGAUUUUUAAAUUAAAAUGGUAAUAGAUUGUAAUUCGUAAGUAAUAACACAAACUGUAAAUGCAAUAAAAUAUAUUUUUUAAUUAUUUAUAUAUCAAUGUUUAUAUUAUAUCCUUAGAGUAUGCCAACUUCAAAAGCUAUUAUAUUAGAAUAUUGAGUGAAGCAUAUUUGAAAAAGUAUGUUAA